AUGGAUUAUGAAAUUAUCGAUUAAAUUGGAAAAGGAAGUUAUGGAGUGAUUUACAAAGUGAAAAUUAGAUCUCAGAUUUAAGUGCUUAAGGAAAUAUCUUUGAAGAAUCUGUCUCUGAAAUAAUAGAAUGAGGCUUAUCGAGAAGCUCAAAUAAUGCAUACAUUGAAUCAUCCGAAUAUAGUGUCUUACUAUAACUCCUAAUUGAGAAAGGAUAAGUUGAAUAUCUUUAUGGAAUAUUGCGAAGAUGACCUCCACAAUUAUAUCUGUCGGAACCCAUCUCCAGCUGAGAACCAAGUGUGGCAAUGGACCAUACAAUUGUUAGAAGGUCUUGAGUAUUUACAUUCACAGAAGAUAGUGCAUAGAGAUAUUAAACCUAAUAAUAUUUUGAUGAAAAGCAACAUAUUGAAGAUUAGUGAUUUGGGAGAGUCUAAAAGUUUGAUCUCUACUCAAUAACUUUCAACAACAAAAGUUGGAACUCCUCUGUAUUUGGCACCUGAAUUAAUUCGAAAUCGACCCUAUGAUAGUAAGAUUGACAUUUGGGCAUUGGGAUGUGUCAUUUAUUUUAUUUGUCAAGGAGAUCCACCCUUUGGAGGAAGCAAUAUAAUUUCUUUGGGAUACAACAUCGUAAAUAAGUCACCUAAACCAAUUAACAGUAAAUACUCAAGAAGAUUGCAGAGUCUGAUUUUUAAAUUGUUGAAUAAAGUGCCUGAAUUCAGACCAACUGCUGCUCAAGCAUUGCAAUAAAUACGGGAUGAUAAUGAUAUGAAGUCGAGACCUUAAUUCUAGAAGAUCUUCUCUGUUCACUCCCAAUAGGAUAUAACAAGAGGGGAUGAUCUGAAGGAGCAAAAUAAGACUGUUUAGAUGAUCCAGAGUAGAAGAUUGGAACGAAUAAUACAGUAAUAGAAGGAGGCUUAAUAAAGGUUGUGUGAGGCUGAUAAAUUUAGCAAAAUAAUACUUUUAAAUAGAAUUAUAAAACAUUAAUCAGAACAUUAUGUACAAUGA